AAAGAGCAAACCUGUUGAUUUGAUCACUGUGACGGUUCUUGAUGGACUGAUGCCCAACCAGGCCUCGCCCUCUCCAGGGUGGCGGUGGGAGUGGUUCUCUGCCUGCACGGUCUUGUCACCCUGACAAUGAAUGAGCCUGUCUGGUCUGUUUCUGAUUGAAAUGUGGUUGGCUCACACCAGCUGUUGACUUUGUUCCAGCAUGAUUUCUUCUAAUUCCACCUGUUGUCUGGUUGCAUGCAGCGUUCAGAGGGACCUGUCUGACACGUCUGGAUGACCAACCAACCGAAGAACCAACCCAAGUCAACCCACCCAACGCGACUCCACAAGCCUUCGUUCUCUACACUGAACACAUUCUCUCUGCCUCCUUACAGGUGUCGGUCAGCCCGUCUGUGUCGACUUUCCCAAACCACCUCCAGCAGCUUGGAGCUUCUGUCCUGAUCCAACAUGGCGGCCGGGCUCUGUGGCACCUGGGACAUGGUCAGCAACGUCAACUUUGACGGAUACAUGGUCGCUCUGGGCGUCAGCACCACGCUGAGGAAGGCCGCCGUCAAGCUGAAGCAGAAGAAGGUGAUCGAGGAGAAGGGGGGUGUGUGCUGCAUCAAGACCCUGAGCGCCUUGAGGAACUACACCUGCUCUUUCACCGUGGGACACCAGUUUGACGAGGUCACCAAAGGACUUGAUAACCAGCGUCUUAAGUCUUUGGUGAGGUGGGAGGGGGAGAAGCUGGUGUGUGAGCAGAUUGGACAGAAGCAGAACCGUGGAUGGGCUCACUGGAUCGAAGAUGGCAAGCUUCAGUUGGAGCUGUUUUGUGAAGGACAGGUCUGCAGGCAAGUUUUUAGGAAGAAAGAAAGCGAAAAGGACGGUUCCUGCAAGUCUGAUUCCUGAAGAAAAAAUAAAUCAAUGCACCUGGUGUAUAUUAUACUAGGCUACUCAAUAUGCAGAGGAAGGUCAACAUUUUGUGGUAUUUUUCCUUUCUUUUGACAUCCUUGAGGGAAGCUGUACGGCUAUUGCCUUACAAUAUAUUUUUGAUGUUAUAUAUUUAUUGGCACUAGAUGGCAAUGUUGUUUCAGUUUUUCCCCUGUCUUUUAUUCAGGUAAUCUUGGACACUCUUUUGGUAUGCAUGUCAGACUAAUAGUUAUUUUAUAACAACAUACAAUCUGUUAUAUCAUAUAAUAAAUAUUAUAGCUCUGA